AGGGACGAUUUUAGGCUUUUUUUCUCUCCAUGAUUUUAUAUAUAGUGGCUCGUUUGUUUUCUUGAUAAUUAUAAUUAUUAAUAUUCCGGAAUUUGAAUUUCAGAUUUAGAAAUCAUUUUCUCAGUCUGUCUUGGUUGAUAGAUAAAAAUCAUAGUACCUGCAAAUAAACCCUAAAGCUCCAUGGAUUCGUCUUCGUCUUCAUCUCAGCAAAAUCAAUAUCCUUCUUAUCCUGCAUCCCAACAACAAUCCUACAACCCAUCUCGUUUUCAAGCCUAUGAUCGUCAAUCAUAUUACUCCAAUUAUCAAGACCCACAUCAACAACAACAACAACAACAGCAGCAGCAGAUAUAUCAUCAACAACAGCCGCAGUAUCAUCAUCAACAAACCCAACAACAAUAUUCAUCGUAUAACCCUCCCAAUUAUUCAGAUUCAUAUCCACCGCAACACCCACAAGCCCAUCACCAAUGGAAUUUUCAAGAACCCCCAAUUCAUCCGCCAGGGGUUUCAAUUCAACCCGCUUCGGCAUCACACGGGCAACCGCACUUUCGGUUACCCAAUCAGCAGAAUGGUUAUCACUUGCCCCAAAGGACAGACGGGGUUGGGCUAGGGGUGAAUCCUGUGGCAGCGUUGGCUCAGUUGAACCAGUUAGCUAGUUCUGUGGGUGCAGCCGAAAGGCUGACGGCCACGGGUGGAUUGCACGGCCAGAGUUGGUACCCCCAGGCUCAAGGGUUCAGACCCGUGAUUGGAGGACCGGGUACCUAUACAGGUUCGGGUUUGGGAUCUGGUGCAUUCCCUGGAAAUGGGGCGGGGCCAUCUGGAUUGCAUUCUCAUGUUGGUCAAUCAUUUGAUAAGGGUGGUGGUCGAAGGAUGGGUGGUGAUAGAAGGAGGGGUGGUGGUCAGAGCAAAGGUGGUGAUAGAGGGAGGGGUGAUGGUCAGAGCAAAGGUGGUGAUAGAAGGAGGGGUGAUGGUCUGAGCAAAGGUGGUGAUAGAAGGAGGGGUGAUGGUCAGAGCAAAGGUGGUGAUAGAAGGAGAGGUGAUGGUCAGAGUAAAGGUUGUGAUAGAAGGAGGAAUAAAGUUAGCAAUUCUGCUGGAGUUGGUAGGUGUGAUCUGUGCAAUGUUGAUUGCGGUUGUUUGGGCAUACUUAAGAUGCACUUGAAUGGAAAGCGGCACAAAAGGAACUUGGAAAAAUUGGAAGCAAAUGAAAACAGAACUGUUAGCGAUGUCGAGAAUGUGCAGAAACCUUCUAGUGAUUUUGAACCAGGAACAGCCAUGAAGCCUGAUAACUUGCUUGUGGAAGAAGAGACUAAGCCGAAUAUACCACAAAAUAUUCCUUUAACAGCCAUGAAGCCUGAUAACUUGCUUGUGGAAGAAGAGACUAAGCAGAAGUCACCACAAAAUAUUCCUUUAACAGCCAUGAAACCUGAUGACUUGCUUGUUGAAGAAGAGACAAAGCAGAAUCCACCACAAAAUAUUCCUUUAACAGACAUGAAGCCUGAUAACUUGCUUGCGGAAGAAGAGACUCAGCAGAAUCCACCACAAAAUUUUCCUUUAACAGACAUGAAGCCUGAUAACUUGCUUGUGGAAGAAGAGACUCAGCAGAAUCCACCACAAAAUAUUUCUUUAACAGACAUGAAGCCUGAUAACUUCCUUGUGGAAGAAGAGACUCAGCAGAAUCCACCACAAAAUAUUCCUUUAGACACUUUAUCUUCUGAAAAUGAACAGAAAACCAAUAAUGCACAACAAGCUGAUCAACCUAAAGAUGCAAAUCGAGAUACGCCAGAUAAGCCCAUGAUGAAUCAACCUGGAAAUCAGAGGUCCGGUGUGAAACGUAAGACAUUAGUUGGUGGAAGGAAGAAAAAGAAAGCUUCUAAAGCAAAGAGGCUGGCGACUGAACCUUCCAAUUCUAAUGUUGUAAUUCCUUUGAUGUGUGACCUGUGCAAUGUGCAAUGUGACACACGGGAGAUUCUGAGACAACAUCUUUCGGGUAAACAGCACAAGUCAGCGCUCAAGUGUGAUGAAGGUCACAACCCUAUAUGUGGACAAGCAGGACUUCAAGCAAUUUAUCCGCCUAAUCCCGUCACAAACUCCCCAGACCAUUCAUAGGGUGCUCAACAAGUUUUGAAUGGUGCUCAAGCUUCAGAUCCCAUCGCUGGUGCUUCUCUUUUUCCUCUAAAUGAAAAUGCUGUGCCUUCUGCCACAGGUGUGGUUUCUGAUUCUUAGCAAAAAAUUCCAACCCUCAAGUAAGAAAUGUCCUGAAUAUUGACCACUAGAAUGCAUUUAUUGAAUCUCUGCAGUAGUCAGUUUGAAUUGAUAUGGAAGAAAGGUAACAGCUAUACCUGCAGUGCGCAGAGAAAUGACGCCCCAUCUGUGAAUAAUCUGGGUGAGUACUACAUCUGAUCAUGUAAACGCAUGUUAGCAACAGGUGACGACGGUCCAUUUGCAGUUGAUGUUGUUGGCUUCCUACUUUAAAGAAUCCACCUCUAAUCAGGUGGUGGAAAUUACAUAUAUGGCUCAGUGUUAGGUGCGACCUUUGGCUUGUUUCCUUCUCCUCUCUUCACACACGGGGAUUGUUUAGAAAGUUACAUUGUUAAGCCAGCUGGUAAUUUUACUCGAACAAGUUCUGAAGUAAAUUUCUUCAGUCUCAAGUCUGAGAAUAUAAUGGUUACUGUUACUGUUAUUGUCUGGCUCCUUGGUAGUGAAAAUGCUAAGAUAAGAAUUAAGGUGCAGUAUGAUAUUUAGAUUUCAUUUAGCUGUUAUAAACAAAAAAAUUAGAUUAGUACUUUUAUGUACCAAGAAGAAGGAAUGUAUUUGUUAACCAAUUUAACUAUUUUUUUUUCUAAGAAAGAAUAUGAAUGUAAAAAGACAAACAGCGGUAGUUUUUGUGAA